UUAGCUAGCUUCUAGCGUAGUGUUUGAUAUGAAAUGCGAUCUCCUCGUAAUUAACCGUUCAGGGGCGUCCUGAUGAGAAGCUUGCUACUUUUAUGUUAUUCUGGCUGCUGACUAAGGUCGUGACUGUUAGUCGUAGCUAGCUGGCUAGCUAGCAAACAAGGGAUAAUAACGUUAUGGCAACGGAACAUAAAGAACGAACGACUGGGUCGCGUCUCUAGCAACCAAAAUGUGAGAAAGUAUGAAUUCGCUUAUACAAAUGAAAAUGUCAACGAAAAAUAAGUAUUUCCACCGGUAAAUGUGUGCUUUCAUAUUGUUUUAUUUGGCAACUGUGGUAUAAGCGGGAUAAACCUUUUUUACCUUGGAAAAACGAACUCCGCUAAGGGACUCAUCGUCCAUUAUUUCCAAGGUGAUGAACAUCUCAGAGGAGAACAGGACAGUCGUGGUCUCCGGUGUGCCAGACACACUGUCCAUGAGUCGCAUGGCAGACAAACUGUUCAUUCACUUCCAGAGCUCCAGAAGCCACGGAGGAGAUGUAGAAGACAUCAAGUACCCGAGCAGCUUCAAGGGGGUGGCUUUUGUUACAUUUGAAAACACCAGAGAUGCCGAGAUGGUGAUCAGAAAUGAACAGAUAAUGUGUGAUAAGGAGUUCCCUCAAGACUAUCCUCUCACUGUAUACAAAUUCACCCAAGAUGUGUUGUUCUACAUUAACGCUAAAGUGAACCUGUCAAUCUUCGGUGACAAGGAACAGCAGGAGACAGUGAUCCAAAGCCUGCAGUCUGCUCACAGGUCAGUGAGGAUCUGCCCUCUACCCAGCCAGGAGAGUAAAGCUUCAGUGGAGGGACCCUUCACUGCCGUCAGGGCCCUGAGAGAGGACCUGCUCCAGCGGGCCGCUGCCAGCAGCAGUCACAUAGGGGAGAAGCACAGGGCUCCAUCGACCUCUGGUUACUCCCUGACCUCAGUGGCAGCAGGGAAUUGGGUAUCCAAGUUCAGCAGCAGUCAUGCCUUGGAGAAGCACAGAGCUCCAUCUCCAUCAAGCCAUGAUCAUUCCCUGAGCUCUGUGGUAGCAGGGAGUAGGUCUUCCAGGGUCAGAUCUGGUGAUGGUGCUGAGGUGGACUUCCAGGUCAGCAGUUACACCUGGGAGAAGAAGCACGGGGCAGCUCCAUCAAGCUCUGAUCAUUCUCUGUCAAGCUCUGUGGCAGGAGGGAGUGGGGUUUCCAAUAGAAGUCAAACCUGGGAAAAGCACCACUGGGCAGCUCCGUCAAGCUCUGAUCAUUCUCCGAGCUCCAUGGUAUCAGGGAGUGGGGAAUCCAAGGUCGUCAGCAGCAGUCACACAUUAGAGAAGUACAUCGCUCCGUCAAGCCAUGAUCGAUCUCUGUCAAGCCCAGUGGCAGCAGGGACUUCCAAGGUCAGCUCAGGUGGUGAUGUUGAUGAGGAAGAGGAGUCCACGUGGGUGGACACAAACAUAUUUCUUUACAUUCAGAGAUUUUAUAAAGACGAGUUUGACCAAUGUUUGAGGAACCACGGUGUGUCGGCUGUGUUCAAUGACAAUGAUGUGGCCGACCUGACUCUGAUAUCGCUGAGAGGAGGACGCAACAGCAAGGGUCUCUCUGAAGUCCAACUGACCAUAUCAGAGCUGUCUGAUCUGGUCACUGUUUGGCAGUCAACCCUGAGAAUCCACACUAUAGACUAUCGAAGGCAGGACGUGCAUGAGAUGAAGAGGCUGCUGCAAAUCUGUGCCGAGGUAAACAACUUUAAAGACGUUCUGUACGUGCAGAAGGAGUUUAGUGUCCUGGUCAUCGGUCCCUCUAUGACCAGUCAUCUCUUUAGUGAAUGUGUGAAGGAUAGAAUGCAUCAACUGGAUGAAGAGGACGUCUUGUAGUGGUAGUCAAAAUGUGAAUCCAUUUACCAUUCUGCAAUAGCAGCUAGUGCAUGAAGAGCAUUUUUGCGCGAUAUAUAUUGAUUGCACUGUGAGACGUUUUCAAAAGAUCUUGUGACAACUAAAUAGUAUUGAGUUUGUGUUAUUUGCUGUGUCUCAACAAGGAUGCUGUUAUGUGCCAAGCCAGCCUUGGGGUAUAAACAAGAUAAUGGACUAGAAACUACAUGUUAAUGAGACAACAAUAGAGAGUGCUGUUGUACCGAAUAUACACUAUUUCUUCCAUGAAAUAAAUGAUUUCUGGUUUC